AUGGGCCUGGCCUCAAAGCUGAGGUCUUGGUCGCAAGAGCUCACCCCAUAUUUUCUCUACCUCCUCGUAGUAGCAACACUUGGACCGCUGCUCUUUGGUUAUCAUUUGGCUGAGCUCAAUGCUCCUCAAGAGGUCAUCACCUGCGCCGCGAAAUCAAUCAAAUCUAAGAAGAGCCCAUCAUCAACACUGGGCGGACUGCCAUCAUGCAUUCCCAUGAAUUCAACUCAACUCGGGCUUGUCUCGUCCAUUUUCACCCUGGGUGGUCUAAUCGGUGCUCUCGCGGCCGGGCCAUUGUCGGCACGCUAUGGCCGUCUGCGUACUAUGCGCGUCAACACCUUUUUGCUUGCGCUUGGCCCUCUCGCUGAAGCCCUAGCGCCCAACAUUGGCGUUCUCUCGGCGGGACGCUUCAUCUCUGGCCUAGGCGCAGGCGUUUCGGUGGUGGUGGUGCCCAUCUAUAUCUCCGAAAUCGCCCCUCCCAAGGAAAAGGGCUUUUUUGGUGCCUUCACGCAAAUCAUGACGAACAUGGGUAUCUUCACUACUCAGCUCCUAGGCUACUUCUUGAGCCACGGACAAAUGUGGCGUAUCAUCCUGGCAGUUGCGGGCAUGAUUGGUGUCUUGCAGUUUGCUGGACUGGCGUUCUCGGUGGAGAGUCCCAAGUGGCAGGCUGCUCAUGGAGAGCCACGACAAGCUAACGGCAAUCUUCGGCGCAUCAGGGGUCAGAAGGCCGAAAUUCAGGAGGAGGUGGAAGGCUGGAGAGUCCAGGAUUUUGAUGAAAGACAAGAAGAAGAACGAACACUGCUAACAAACUCUGACCGCGAACCGCACGCGGACAGCAACACGUCUUCAAGAGACAAAGCACCAGAACCCAUGGGAAUCUUAGCGGUGCUCCGAGACCCAAUAAAUAACCGCGCCAUCCUUGCAGUUGUCGUGGUCAUGAUGGCCCAGCAACUCUGCGGAAUCAACAGCAUCGUCAUGUAUGGUGUCUCUCUGCUUGCAGACUUACUUGCAUCCAACUCAGCCCUACUCAAUAUUUUUGUGAGCAUACUCAACAUUGCCGCCACUACUGGCUUCGCACCCCUUGCCGACGUGCUGGGUCGCAAACCAUGUAUCCUCACAUCCAUCGCCGGUAUGGGGGCCUCAUCUAUCCUCCUCGCCAUCGGGAUCCGCAGUGCAAUCCCUGUUCUUUCCGCAAUUGCGGUGCUUCUGUUUGUUGCUAGCUUUGCCUUUGGCCUUGGCCCCGUGCCGUUUAUUUUGGCCUCAGAACUUGUCGGGCCCGAGGCAGUGGGAGCAACUCAAUCAUGGGCGUUAGCAGCAAAUUGGAUUUCGACAUUUAUCGUGGCCCAGUUCUUCCCAAUGGUGAACGAGAAGUUGGGAAAGGGUGUGGUGUACUUCGUAUUUGCAGCCAUUGCGGCUGUUUCCUUUGUGUUCGUGAGCUGGUAUGUGCCUGAGACGAAAGGAAAGAAGGACGCCGACGAGGUCUGGGGGAGGUCCCUUAGGCGGGAGGAUUGA